GUUCCUCGGCAUCCUGACUGGUCAUUGUACCAUCACAGCUCUCAGGGAUAAAGAAAAGAUCAUAUUUCAGGUCAUGUCACUAUAUAGCCCUCAGCAUGCAUACUUCAAUGCUCACUCUUCAGGCUGGGCCGACAGGAUCUUUAUUUAGAAUGGAAAGGUCAAUGGGCUUCAUCUGGACCCUCCUUUUGAGUGCAGGCAUUGUGUGGACUGUCUCAUCAGAGACAACAAGGAUUGCAUCACCUGUCUGUGGUGGAAUUCUCACAAAGCCUUCGGGGAAAUUCUCCAGCCCCAAGGGACCUACACAGUCAGUGCCCUUCAAGUGUAUCUGGUACAUCCAAGUGGCAUUCUCUCACAGAGUCUCACUGGCUUUUCCUCACCUCAAGUAA